AUGUCCUGGCCCGCUCUCUACACUCAGUUAGUCGGGGCAAACCGUCACUCCACCAGCUUGGGUAAAAUCUGGCUUUCAGUGCUCUUCAUUUUCCGGGUCAUGGUGCUGGUUGUUGCUGCUGAGAGCGUGUGGGGGGAUGAGCAGUCUGACUUCACCUGUAACACAUUACAGGUAGGACAUCUAGUCAAUCAGCAUCACAGACUAAAUAUGUUGGGAAAGAUGUUUUAAAAGGCUUGAAUUUCCUUGCUACAUGCAUAAAGCUGAACAAAUACACAGUAAAAAUUAACUGUUGACAGAUAAGAUUCAAACAGUUCAAUCAGGGGUCUUGGCAACACACACAAUCUAUCUAAAAUUCGUAAAAAUGAACCACAUAUUACUAUUCAAAGUGUAUUUUAACUCAGAAAACAGGCAGAAAUGUCCACGAACUGAAGAUACAGUGUCAGAAUUCAGAAAGAUUACCUGUGGAGUCCCCCAGGGGUCUGUAGUUGGUCCCAAACUCUUUUCAUUUCAAUGAUAUUUGCAACAUUACAACAUUUAAAAAUAGGUGUUUAAGCCGAUGAUACGAAUGUAUUUUUCUCUGCACUUUCAUGUUAUGACAAUCUGUGUGUUUUUUUCCAGCCUGGCUGUGAGAACGUCUGCUACGAUCAGUUCUUCCCGGUCUCCCACAUCCGUCUCUGGUGUCUCCAGCUCCUCUUUGUCUCCACGCCGACCCUCUUGGUUGCGAUGUACGUGGCUUACAGGAACCACAAAGACAAGAAGAGGCUCCUACAGGUGUGUCUACUGUCUGAUUUGUGUUGCUUUAAAUGAAGGGAGAGGUUUGAUGAUACUGUUAUAUUAUGUCCUGUUUAGGUGAAGCCACUCCGAGAACAGCACCCUCUGGUGACGGGCUGCAGUAUAGGUCAUGAAUCCCGCCUCCGCCAGCAAAGCUUAUGUGGACAAACUUUAGAAAUUUAUUACACAGAACAUCAUUUUUCUCCCCCCCUGCUUACGAUGUUGACAUGUAGUUACAGUAAGACUGGUUUGUGCUCAAGUCCUCUUUUUUCUGUGCAGCUCCGUUUUUAAAAGUUAUUAGGAGGUUCAUAUUUUCUAUGAUUGACACCUGAUACAGCCUAUGGGCGUACAAGGAUUGCGUAGCUCUCCUGGGGGAUACGCCGUUUGAGCUGAGCGUCAUCACAGAGGCUCUCAGUGGCUCUCCCACCGAAUGCGUACAACGCUACUGCGAAAUGUUGGUUUCAGGGAACGGAGUAAAAAAACGCAGAAAUACUGAGAGCUUUUUGGCUUCAAAUUCGUAUACUGGCGGAAGUCAGAACCAAGUUGUCUGUAGUAUAUACAGUCUAUGGUCAUGCCUGGUCAUAUCAUGCCAAAUUUUGUCUUGUGUUAUUUUACUCACACUGACCAUUUAGGUUAUAAAGUAGUAUUUACAUUUAAGAGGUGUUGUUCUUUUUUUUCCAUAUUUUAAAACAUUUUUGUGUCCUCUAAUCUUAUUUAUCUCAUCUUGGACUGUGAUCUGACAGAGUUCUGGCAGAGCUGGUUUUCUGGGUAACAAAGGUCAGGAGGAAGAGCUACAGACUCUGAAAAGACGGAGACUCCCGAUAGCUGGCGCCCUCUGGUGGACGUACGCCUGCAGCCUCGUGUUCAGGCUGCUGUUUGAAGGAGGCUUCAUGUAAGAUCCUGAUUUUUAGUCCCACUUUCACGGUCUCAUCAUGUUUCCUUUCCUCAUAGAGUAUCUGCUUGCUUCUACAGGUAUGCAUUGUACGUUGUGUAUGAUGGUUUCCACAUGCCAAGGCUAGUGCAAUGCGACCAGUGGCCGUGUCCUAACCUGGUGGACUGUUUCAUCUCUCGUCCCACUGAGAAAACCAUCUUCACCGUCUUCAUGGCCACCGCGUCCUCUAUAUGCAUGGUGCUAAACAUGGCUGAACUCGCCUAUAUAGUCGCCAAGGCUGUCACUAGGUAGAGGUAUUAAUCAGUCAGACAGUCAGGUGAUUCAUCAGCAGAUGCAUUUAUUUAUCAUUUUAUGUAACAAUUGCUUUCGUUUGAGUCUCAUCUACAUGAAUCUGUUAACAAUUUUAAGCCACACCGCAGAAAAUCCAUGUAUACCUUCUUUUCCAGGCAUCUCAGAGGUCAAAAUGAGAGGAAAACCUGCAGAAAAUCCAGCAGGGAGAGGACCCAGAAUAAGACAAACCACAAGCUACAUGUCUCGCCCUGA